UGUGUGUGUGUGUGUGUGUAGCCCGGUAGGAAUCCUCCUACUUUGUAGCACGUCAGCACUGGGGGAGGCACCAAAGAGCUGACUUAGAGGGAGUAGUUGAACAUCAGAGGAGAGGAGCGCACUGUAAGAGCAGAAUGAAGCCGGAGGAGAGUCCAAAUAUUUAACAGACCGCGAGACAGAGAGAAGAAGAAGAGGGAGAGGGAGGGGAGCGGUGACAGGGUGAGACACACGCAGGACACAGACGUGGUCUCAGGGAUGAAGACUUAAAUUCGGAUCCGAUUGCACGUGAAAGAGGAGUGGAACUGUGUUGUUAAAAAAAAGAACCCACGGGGGGCGGGGGGACAAAGUGAGACUGACGAAUCUGCAAAAGUGCGGCGCGUGUGGCGCGAAGAAAAGCUGAAUGAUCGAGGGGAGUGGAAUUCAGCACCAGUGGGGUGGACAGCUCCCGCAGCCUGGCCGAAGGUAAAUGACUCGAACCGAGCGGCGAGAGAAGAAGAAGAAGAAGAAGAAAGACUGAAGAAAGACUGUGAGAGGAGGAGGAGGAGGAGGAGGAGGAAGACCAGGAUCCACAGAGGAACACCGUCCGUCCGCUGAGGUUCACCGCUCAAUCUGCGCUCAAUAUGUACCAGGGGCAUUUACAGGGGAAAGACUCUAGGGCUGCAGAUAAGACUGUUGCCAUGGUCCUGAAGGAGAUACCGAGUCAGGCGUCAUCAGAAGGGAAGCCCCUCCUCACAGUGACUACCAAGCUGGUGAGUGAGCAACAGGAAAGCCGACCACUGCUCAGCCCUUCCAUCGACGAUUUCCUCCUGGAGACCAAGAGUGAUGGGGUUCCACGACCUGUGACCUCCAACACAGCAGUUCUGUCUUCGACACUGGACCUGCUGGACCUCAGUGAACCCAGUGAGAGGAGGAACAGUAAAGACCGCCGGAGUCUGCUGUCCUCCCACAGCGAGGGACAGAAGAACAGCUCGUACCGGAAGAAAACGGAGGAGACGGAGCUGAUCCAAGUGGAAGUUGAACAAACGGGACCGGGGAUGAGAACCUCCGAGNGUUCAAAUGUUCCACCAGUGACCUUUGAGUCUUCACUGGACAAAUGGGAGGAGUUGAACCCCAACCCUGAGAGGAACGGGAACAGGAAGUGGAAGCUGGAACGACGACGACCGUCCAAAAAUUCAUCCAACGAGUUCCUGUGGGCUUUGGACAGUAAAAACCAGUCGGAGUCGUCAAAUAAGAAUUCUGUGGAAUCGAACCCCAAACUGGACUCAGAGGCUGUCCUGGCGUCUCAGCUCAACAGGCAGUAUAUUAGUGGACGACAUGCUCGUCUGACGAAGGAGCAGCGCUGGGGCAGUGCCCUCCUGUCCAGACACCAGUCCCUGGAGGAGGAGUUUGAACGAGCCAAGGCCGCUGUGGAGGUAAGAGCUGGGGGGGUGGGGGAGGGGGGGGGUUACUACUUCCAUACAGAUAAUCCCUACAAGGAUUUACCCAACGCUUUUACUGAGGGAUUAAAGAAGUCUCGAGACGGAGAUUUACCAAACGCUGUGCUGUUCCUGGAAGCAGCUGUUCUGCAGGACCCUCAUGAUUCAGAGGCGUGGCAGGUUCUGGGGACCACCCAAGCUGAAAACGAGAAUGAGCAGGCAGCGAUCGUCUCCCUCCAGAGGUGUUUGGAGCUCCACCCAAACAACCUCCCGGCUCUCAUGGCCCUGGCCGUGAGUCUCACCAACACCGGGAUGCGUAACGACGCCUGCGAGGCCCUGCUGCGAUGGUUCCGACACAACCCCAAGUACAAGCUCCUCCUGAAGAGCAGGAGCCACCUAGUGGCCUCCCCGAAAUCCCAGCGCAGGCUGUCGCACGUCCUCAACAUGAACAGACAAGACAGCUCCCUGCUGCCGGAGGUCAAAGAUCUGUUCCUGGAAGCAGCGCUGCACAACCCGGAGGGCGUGGACCCAGAUCUGCAGACGGGCCUCGGCGUUCUCUACAACCUGAGUGGAGAGUUCGACAAAGCCGUGGAGGCCUUUCACACCGCCCUGUCAGUGCGGCCUGAGGACUACUUACUGUGGAACCGUCUGGGAGCCACGCUGGCCAACGGGGACAGGAGCGAGGAGGCGGUGGAGGCCUACACCAGAGCCCUGGAGCUGCAGCCGGGAUUCAUCCGCUCACGCUACAACCUGGGCAUCAGCUGCAUCAACCUGGGGGCACACAGAGAGGCUGCCAGUAACUUCCUGACGGCCUUGAGCCUCCAGAGAAAAAGCCAAAGUCGUCAACAGUCCCACCAGGUGAUGUCUGGGAACAUCUGGGCUGCUCUGAGGAUCGCUCUGUCCAUGAUGGACCAGCCCGAACUCUUCCAGGCGGCAAACAUUGGUGACUUGGAUCAUCUAAUGAGGGCAUUCAACAUGGAAAUGUGAGGAGUGGGACGGAGGGAGGGAGGGAGGG